AUGGCCAAAACCACCGUCACCGAGUUGAUUAAGCAACUCUAUGAAAAAGUUGAGUAUUUAAGCUUGAAUCCGUCUGGAGAUGCCAUUGAGGAGCACCGACAAAUUGAUGCACUGCUUUGUGAACUGAUUGAAGCCGAAAAGGUUUCAACAUCCACGUCGAUUGAUUUGCCAAACCGCCAGGAGAAAUGGCCUCAAUUUGUGCGCUGGUGCAGUGAUCAGGGUGUUCCAAUGGAUCAGAUUGAAGUGAAGAAGGUGAGCGCUGAUGGCGAAUGCGGUCUCUUUGCUCUGCAACCAUUCACCCGCAAUGAUGAAGUGCUCAGAGUGCCCAGGAAGAUGUUCCUCUCUCGUGAAACGGUGCCGAAUAAUCCGAGUUUGAAAAGUAAGUGGAAUUUGAUGUGCUCACAGAUUGUGCCGAAUCUAACGCUCAACCUCGUCUCGUCACCUUUCUGCUGCACAGACUUCCUCAUCAAAGAUCCGCUCAUCUCUCAAAUGCCCAAUCUGGAGUUGACCAUUCUCCUGCUCAGCGAGUACCUGAAGGGUGAAUCCUCCUUCUGGUGGCCGUACCUGUCGACACUGCCCCGCUCCUACAGCACCGUACUGUACCUCAGUCACGAGGAGCUGCUGCAGCUGAGCGGCAGUCCACUGCUCGAGGAGGUGGUCAAGAUUAAGCGCAGUGUCGCCCGACAGUACGCCUACCUCGCCAUGAAGGUUGAAAGGGCAGCGCAGUUUUGCACCGACUUCGAUCCCUCUUCGGCGACUCUAGUCUUCUACUCAAUGGCCGACCUGCAGGCAGGCGAUGAGAUCUUCAACUACUACGGCGAUCGCACCAAUGGCGACUUCUUCCUUAACAAUGGCUUUGUUUACGCUGACCAUAAGAAGGACGCAGUACGCAUUAAGCUGGGCUUCAGCAGCGGUGAUAUACUGUACCCCCUGAAGGAUGCUCUGGCCAAUAAUAUCAAUCUGCUCACCACCGAAAACGGUGCCCAGUUUAAGCUGGCUCACCGGUCAUCACCGCUCAAUCCACAGCUGCUGGCAUUUGUGCGCAUCUUUCACCUCGACAAAGACCAACUUGAACAUUGGCUGACCCUUAACGAAAAAGAGGUCUUUUACGAUGCUCAGUGUGAGCAGUUGCAGUUUCUCGACGACAAGGUGGCGACCUUCCUCAAAAUACGCUGCACUCUGCUGCUGCGAAAGUACCCAGCAAUACCGGCGGGCGCCUUCCUGAACCCAAACGUGGAAAAGAUAAUCGCCUGUGAGAAGGCCAUCCUCUCCAGUUAUACUUAA